GGCAAAAACCAUUUGUGUGUUCUGAGUGUGGUAAAAGAUUUCUAUUAAAGAGCAACCUGAACACACACAUGAUAAUUCACACAGGACGAAAACCAUUUGGCUGUUCUGAGUGUGGUAAAAGAUUUAGACACAAGAGCCACCUGAACGGACACAUGUUAAUUCAUACAGGGCAAAAACCAUUUGUCUGUUCUGACUGUGGUAAAAGAUUUGUACAAAAGAACAACCUGAAUACUCACAUGAUAAUUCAUACAGGACACAAACCAUUUGGCUGUUCUGAGUGUGGUAAAAGAUUUAGAUACAAGAGCCACCUGAAUGGACACAUGAUAAUUCAUACAGGGCAAAAACCAUUUGUCUGUUCUGAGUGUGGUAAAAGAUUUGGACUAAAGAGCACCCUGAACAGACACAUGGUAAGUCAUACAGGGCAAAAACCAUUUGUCUGUUCUGAGUGUGGUAAAAGGUUUCUACUAAAGAGCAGCCUGAACAGACACAUGAUGAUUCAUACAGGACAAAAACCAUUUGGCUGUUCUGAGUGUGGUAAAAGAUUUAGACACAAGAGCCACCUGAAUGGACAUAUGAUAAUUCAUACAGGGCAAAAACCAUUUGUCUGUUCUGAGUGUGGUAAAAGAUUUGGACUAAAGAGCACCCUGAACAGACACAUGGUAAGUCAUACAGGGCAAAAACCAUUUGUCUGUUCUGAGUGUGGUAAAAGAUUUCUACUAAAGAGCAACCCACUUAGCAAGAUCUUGAAGGAGCAUGACAUCAGGAAUGACUUAAGUAGAGGCAGAGGUAGGAAAAAUCAGGAAGAGGUGAACCAUCUCUUAUUUAUGGACGACUUGAAGAUCUUUGCCGACUCGGAGCAGGGACUCGGUCGGUUAGUGGAGGUAGUUCAUAACUUCACCAUGGACAUUGAUAUGGAAUUUGGACUGGAUAAAUUUUCUUAA